AUGUUGUGGUCUAGAUCUCUCGCAAUUAGUUGCAUUUGUCUUUUCCUAUUUUCAUCACAUACUUUCGCUUUCUACCUACCUGGAGUUGCGCCUCAUGAUUACGAGCAUGGUGCUGAAGUGAAGUUGUAUGUCAACUCUCUCACUCCGUUGAUGGGAUCUCACCAACUUAAAUCUUUGAUUCCAUAUGACUACUAUUACAAACCUUUCCACUUUUGCUCUCCAGAAGAACCUCAAAGUCAAUCAGAAUCCUUGGGCAGUAUUUUGUUUGGUGACCGUAUUUUUGAUUCUUUAUACAAGCUUAAUAUGGCUGAAAAUACUACCUGUCAAUAUCUUUGUAGUGUUACAGUUCCCGGUGAAGAUGCUGCAUUCAUCAAUGCCCGAAUUAAAGAGAAUUAUGCGAUUAAUUGGCUCAUUGAUGGUCUUCCUGCUGCUAGCAGAAAAAGAGAUUUGAGAACCGACACAGAAUUCAAUAGUAUUGGAUUCGAAUUAGGUGAUUCAGUAGCCUCUUUUAACAAUCCUCCAUUACACAAUCAUUAUGAUAUCGAAAUUCAAUAUCAUAAGCAAGAAAGUGCAAAUAAAUAUCGUGUCGUUGGUGUGAUUGUCUCCCCUACAAGUAAUAAAUAUGACUCGGAAGAACAUGCCAAAACUUGUGAAAUUACAAAUGAACGUUUAAUUUUAGAUGAAAAGAAUGAUAACCUUGUACAUUACACUUAUAAAGUCAUAUGGACUCCUUCAAAUAUUGCUUGGGCAACGCGUUGGGAUAACUAUUUACAUACUUUUGAUCCAAGGAUUCAUUGGUUUAGUUUGGUUAAUUCUAUCGUAAUUGUACUUUUCUUGACGGGUAUGGUGGCUAUGAUAUUACUUCGUGCAUUACACAAAGAUAUAUCUCGGUAUAAUCAGUUAGAAGCUCAAGAAGAUGUACAAGAAGAUUUUGGUUGGAAAUUAGUUCAUGGAGAUAUAUUUCGUACUCCGGCAAAUAUUAUGUUGUUGUCUGUUUUUUUGGGAAAUGGAUCUCAACUGUUUUGCAUGACAACCGUCACUCUUUUAUUCGCUGUUCUUGGUUUUCUCUCACCAUCAAACCGUGGUUCUCUUGCCACCGUCAUGCUUAUCUUUUAUAUGCUUUUCGCAUUCGUAGCAGGAUAUGUUUCUGCACGUAUUUAUAAAAUGUUUGGUGGUGAUGCUUGGAAGAAAAAUGUCUUUUUAACAGCAUUUUUAUUCCCUACAAUUGAACAUCCUGUUCGAACAAACCAAAUUCCUCGCCAAAUUCCAGAUCAAGUAUUCUAUCUUCGACCAAUACCUUCGAUGCUAAUGGGAGGCGUCCUUCCUUUUGGUGCCAUCUUUAUCGAAUUAUAUUUCAUAAUGAAUAGCAUAUGGGGAAGUAAAGAUUAUCAUUGGUCUUGGAGAGCGUUUUUGACAUCAGGGGCAUCUGGAUUUUACAUUUUCGUUUAUUCUAUUAUGUACUUUAUGACAAGGUUACAAAUUAAUUCUUUAACCAGUGCGGUGAUUUAUUUUGGGUGGUCAGGAGCACUAUUGGUUAUUUCGCUUGCCUUGCAUUUAUCCGAAAGAUUUUUAUGA